CUGUCUCGUUCUUUUCCUCCAAGUCAGGUGGUUUCUUCUCUUCCUUUUCGUAAACCAUGAAUCGUAGUAGUCUCCAACGAACCGGCCUAUGAUUCAGACGUUUUUACGAGUAAAAAAGGCUCCUCCCCAAUCCGAGGAUGAUGAUGCCUCUCAAACCUACGGUUUCGUUACCAUUCUUAAUGACGAUGAUGUCGUCUUAGUUUCCCCAGAAGAUUCCCAUGCUUUUCGUGUCUCCAAAUCCAAAACCUCUGAAAAAACUUCCUUUUCCAAGGUUUUCUCCCCUACUUGCUCUCAAUGGGACGUCUUUGCUUCUAUUUGCGCUCCUCUCCUCUCCCAGUCUCUCUUUCAUAUGAACGAUGCCCUCUUGUUUACCUUGGGCGUCUCCGGUGCCGGCAAAACUUAUACCCUCUUUGGUCCACAAUCCCAUCCUGGCGUCGUUUACCUCGCCCUCGAUGCCCUCUUCUACAACAUCCGUGGCCGUGAAGCCAGCUUUCCCGUUGUCGAAUCCCUUCGCUCCAAACUCGACAAGUCCAAAGUUCUAGAGGGCUCCAAGUACCUCAAACAUGAUUCUCCCCAUCCUAUCCAACUUCCCCCUCCCGACGCUUAUGCCUCGCUUUUCCCCCAAAAACCUGAUCCCUCCUUUCAAUACGCAAUCUAUCUUUGCUUUCCUGAAAUUUACAACGAUCGCAUCUUCGACUUGCUCGAAAAGCCAAGCUUCUUUGGCCAUCGUCACGCUCUCUCUCUCAAAAAGUCUUCCUCUUCCGACAAAAAAUCCGUCGCCGGCAUUCAAAAGGUUUUCCUCGCUAACCCCCAAGAAGCUUUUCAACUCGUUCAUAAAGUUUUGCAAUUGCGCAAAUCUACUUCCACAAAAGCCAACUCUGUCUCCUCCCGCUCUCAUCUCGUCGUUUCUAUCGAGCUCUUUCGCUUGCAGUCCGCUAAAAAUCACAUCGAAAGCUGUCAACUCGAUUUGGUCGACCUUGCCGGCUCGGAACGAACUCGUUCCGCCGAAACUUCUGGCUUACUUCUCCGAGAAGGUGCUAGUAUCAAUAAGAGUCUCUUGACCCUAGGUCAGUGUCUCGAAGCCUUGCGUCGUAAACACGACGGUAGACAGCACAUCAUCCCCUUCCGUCAAAGCAAAUUAACCGAACUCCUUUUUCAUUCCGGCCAUUUGUCCGGCACUGCUAAAACUUGCAUGCUUGUCAACAUCGAUCCUCUUGGAAGUUUCGACGAAAACGCCCAAGUCAUGCGUUACAGUGCAAAUGCCCGUGAAAUCAUUCCUAGCCAAUCCCCCUCUUACACCGACAAUUUCAUGUCUCCUUCCUUAAACCAUUCCGCUUCGCAAUCCAAAUCUAUAUCCUCGGAAGCAAUCCAAGUACAAAACGAGCAGUUAUUGAGAGAAAAUGAUUGUCUUCGUCAACUUCUCGCUGACGCUGACGCCGAAAUGGUAAAUCUAGAAUACCAAAUUCGUGAACAAAUGACUCGUGAAAUGGAGGAACGAGUUUCACAAGUGGAACAAACUUUCUUAAAUCGAAUGCUUGAGGAAACCGCUCAAGGAAUCGAGUAUACUGAUCAGAAAAUCGAAAAAAUGGGUGAAUGGGUGCGUCGAUUACAACAGGGCAACAAAGAGAAAGACGAAUGCAUCACCCAUCUCGAAGGUAUCAUUGAACAAUUACAAGAAGAGAAUAAUGAUGAACAAAAGCCUGCUCUUCAAGAUACAAGUAAUUUGCAUUAUAUCGAUAACAAUCGUCGUUCUUCUCGUAAACUUCAUUACGAAGAUAAACAAGCUAUUGAAGAGGCUCAUAAUCUUCAUACCAAAAGGAAACUUUGGCCUGAACCGACUUUAUUACAAUCAUCUGAAACCGAUGAAGAAGAAGGCAAACCCGAAACCAAUCCGAAAAAGAAAUCGCCCUCUCCGCUGAAACCUCUUAGCCCUUCAAGACGGCCUCCGUUAGCUAAGAUGUAUAGCCAAACUGGCGACGUCGAUAUCAACCAACUUUAACGUUCCUCUGUUUUUUUUUACGAUCUGUUGACGUUAUAUUUAAAGAUGAUUGGUUUUACUUUGUCUUUUGUAUUGUUGUUGUUGUCUUUUUAUUAAUUAACACUAAUGAACUUGUUUACGCUCUGUUUGAUUUCGAUGAAUGAAUAAAUGUUAAUUUCUUAUUUCCGUAAAAUCAUUAAUAGAGAACAACAGUAAAUGCUUUGUC